CUCGCAGGCAGCUGAGAACGGCCCAGUGCCCACCAGCACCCCAGGGCUCACAGACCACCGUGCCCCUGCGGGGGGCGAUUUAACGUGCCCCCCCGAAUGUCGCCGGGAUGCCUGGAGCAUCGCGCUGAUAGCCCAGAGCCUGGCCCCGCUCGCUGCCGCUGCCGGCGGCCCUCAGCGUGAGCCAGGCGGGUGGUCCCUUCCCCGUGGCAGGAUGGCCCCGUGAGGGUCCGGGCCUCCCCGCCGGCACUCGCUGAGUGGGGGUCUGCCGCCGCCCCGCCAUGCUGCUGGGCCCCUGGCUGGUGGCGGCGGCGGCGGCGGCAGUGGCAGUGGUGGCGGGCGGCGGGGCGGGCUGCCCGGUGCUGUGCACGUGCCGUGGGCAGGCAGUGGACUGCAGCGGGCAGCGGCUCUUCUCGGUGCCCCCCGAGCUGCCGCUGGACACCGGCAACCUCAGCCUGGCCCACAACCGCAUCGCCAGCAUCCCGCCGGGCUACCUGGCCUGCUAUGGCCAGCUGCGGGCCCUUGACCUGCGCAACAACUCUCUGGCGGCCCUGCCGGCCAGGCUCUUCCUGGGGGCUCGCCGCCUGGCCCACCUCGACCUCAGCUACAACAACUUCAGCUUGGUGGCUGCCGACAUGUUCCUGGAGGCCAGCGGGCUGCUGCGCCUCGACCUCAGCCACAACCCUGGCCUGCGGCGGGUGCACCCCCAUGCCUUCCGCGGGCUGGCCCAGCUGCGGGAGCUGGAUCUCAGCUACGGGGGGCUGUCGGCCAUCAGCCUCGAUGCCCUGGAGGGGCUGCCGGGGCUGGUGGGCCUGCGCCUGGGGGGCAACCCCUGGGUGUGCGGCUGCGCCAUGGAGCCCUUCCUCAAGUGGCUGCGGGGACGCAUCCAGGGCUGCGCCUCGGAUUCGCAGCUAGCUGAGUGCCGGGCCCCCCCCGAGGUGGCGGGAGCCCCCCUGCUCUCCCUGACGGAGGAGAGCUUCCAGGCCUGCCACCUCACGCUGACGCUGGACGACUAUCUCUUCAUCGCCUUUGUCGGCUUCGUCGUCUCCAUCGCCUCGGUGGCCACCAACUUCCUGCUGGGCAUCACUGCCAACUGCUGCCACCGCUGGAGCAAGGCCAGCGAGGACGAGGACGUUUAGGUACUGCCAGCAGCGCCGACAGCCCCCCAGCCCGGAUGCCCCGGUGGGGGCACCUGACUGUGCCUUGUCCUCGUCCCCUCCCACCGCCCCCCCCCCGGCUGGGGUGGUCCUCGAGACAUCAGCCUGGCCAUGGCAGGGGAGACCUGGGGACACGUCCUCCUCCUUUUGGCCCAAAAUGGGGAGGUUUUGCCCUGGCAGGCACCCUCCAGGAUUGUUCCACCCGCACCGUGAGCUCAGACCCCCCCGCCUCCUGUUGCCACUGCCCAGGGCUGGUGAGGGCAGUGGCAUGGGGUCCCACAGGGGUCUCAUAGGACCUGGGGGCUGCAGCUGGGAAGCAACCCCCCCUGCUUGGGUGAGAGACCCCCAAAAAGUGGCAUGUGCCUUGGGGGACACCAGCCACCCUCCCGGGGUGACAACCAAGGAAAUCCGCGCUUUCCGCCCAAAGGCAGCACCGCUGGACCCCCCAUGAAUCCCACCCACAUUCCUUGAAAAGAUGGGGGUCCAAGCCCAGGACCCGGUGCCAGCACCCAGCUCAGCACCACUGCUCCCAGGGGAGGGACCUGGGGGAUGCCUGUGGUGUGCCAGUGACACCGGACCAAGCCGGGACAGCACCAGGGCCGUGGUACCUGGCAGCAGGCCAAGCUGCAAGCACCCCCCGGGGAUGGCUUUCCUGGCCACGUUUUGUUUUUUGCCUUUCUCUUCCAAAGUCUCACACAGGUUCCGGGCCAAACCAGGCACUGAGCAUCGCCCGGCGGCUGGGGAACGCCAUCACCUCAUCCCUGCUUGCCGAUGUGGGAAGGCUGGGAGGCAAAAGGAACUCCAAAAAAAAGACAAAAAAGAAAAAAAAAAAA